GCGGCGGCGGCCGGGCUUGCGGCCCCUCCUGCUCCUGCUGGUGCGGCGGCGGCCCGAGGCGGCGCCCAUGGCCGGGCAGUUCGACGCGGAGGACCAGGCGAGCUGGUACUGGGGCCGCCUGAACCGGGUGGAGGCGGUGGGGCUCCUGCAGGGGCAGCGCCACGGCACCUUCCUGGUGCGGGACUCCAGCAGCAUCCCCGGAGACUUCGUCCUCUCCGUCUCCGAGAGCUCCCGCGUCUCCCACUACAUCGUCAACAGCCAAGGGUCAAAUAAUCCUCCUAGGUUUCGAAUAGGGGACCAAGAGUUUGACUCCCUGCCAGCUUUACUGGAGUUCUACAAAAUACACUACUUGGACACUACAACCUUGAUAGAACCUGUUUCAAAAUCCAAACAUAACAGUGAUGUGCAGCUGAGGCAGGAAGAGGCUGAGUAUGUGCGUGCUCUCUUUGACUUUAAUGGCAAUGAUGAGGAAGAUCUUCCAUUUAAAAAAGGAGACAUACUGAGAAUCCGGGAAAAGCCUGAAGAGCAGUGGUGGAAUGCAGAAGACAGCGAAGGCAAGCGAGGGAUGAUCCCUGUUCCGUACGUCGAGAAGUAUAGACCUGCCUCUGCUUCAGUAUCUGCUCCGAUUGGAGGUAACCAGGAUAGUGCGCUCCCACAGCCGCUGGGUGGGCCGGAGCCAGGUCCCUAUGCCCAGCCCAGCAUCAACACUCCGCUCCCCAACCUCCAGAAUGGCCCCAUUUUUGCCCGGGUUAUCCAGAAGCGGGUCCCUAAUGCCUACGACAAGACAGCCUUGGCUUUGGAGGUUGGUGAGCUGGUAAAGGUCACCAAGAUUAACAUGAGUGGCCAGUGGGAAGGAGAGUGCAAUGGCCGGAGAGGACACUUCCCGUUCACGCACGUCCGGCUGCUCGAUCAACAGAAUCCCGAGGAAGACUUCAGCUGAGUAUGGCUCAACGGUUCUGCUUACAGAUGGGAACAAACACACUGCGUUCCACUGCAGCUGCCAUAGACUGUUCCUAGAUGUCAAAAGCAGUGUCACUUCUGCAAGACACUGAUAUUGUUGAAAUAUCCCUGGGACCCGACACUUAAAAGAGGCUUGUGUUUUCAGGGUACGAAACUCAAUGGCUUCUGUGCCAAAAGUGGCACAUAAGGAUAGGUAAAUCAGAGACAUCACUUCCCCUCUCCCCCCCCUCCCUGCUGGAAGUAGGAUUUGGCCACCUCAAGAGGGUUCUUGUGUAUGGCUUUACCAGUCCCAUUGCUUUGUCUGUAGGCAGCAAACCUGAAUGGUUAAGUAGGAAGCUCACAACUUGCUAAGCCAAGAAAAUUUCCUCUCUUUGGAUUUGAUUUGCAACUCCUGCAUCAUAACUGCUUGUUGCAUAAGAAGUACAAUUUGCACAUUGCAGGUGACUGUUUAAACAUACUAUUUUGAUACUGGGGUAGCUGUUGCAUAACUACCACCAUUUGAAUGGGUUAGCUAUUGUAUAACUAUUCUGCGUUUUGGCUGUUCCCCAGAGUUCCCAAGAAAGGGGGUUUCAGAAAUCAGUCUCCAGUACAGGCAUAGCAAGUUACUGAUUUAAUUCCAGAAGUAGAGAUUAAAACCUAAAAAAUUAGGUAGACUGACUGGCCUUCUUCUAA